CGAAGCAACAAAAACCCUAGCACUAUAAUCCCCUCAAUGUAAGCCCUAACACAAUCCUCUCUUUCAUCUCACUCUUUUUUCGCAGCUUCACAGCUCCUUCAGAUCAGUAAAAAUGCCGUUCAAGAGGUUCGUGGAGAUCGGAAGAGUUGCACUCGUUAACUACGGGGAGGACUACGGGAGGCUCGUCGUCAUUGUUGACGUUAUCGACCAAAACAGGGCUCUUGUUGAUGCUCCUGACAUGGUGAGGAGCCAGAUGAACUUCAAGAGGCUUUCACUCACAGAUAUCAAGAUCGACAUCAAGAGAAUUCCAAAGAAGAAGACCCUGAUUGCUGCUAUGGAGGCUGCUGAUGUGAAGACCAAGUGGGAGUCCAGCUCCUGGGGAAGGAAGUUGAUCGUGCAGAAAAGGAGGGCCUCACUCAACGAUUUUGAUAGGUUUAAGCUCAUGUUGGCAAAGAUUAAGAGGGCUGGUGUGGUGAGACAGGAGCUUGCAAAGCUUAAAAAGGAGGUUGCAGCUUAAGAACUUUUUCAAGUAGUGAAACAUUGAUUCAAAGCAAUUUUGGAAGUUGUAUUUUUACUUUUUGGGGAUAUAUUUAUCUUUUUUUUUUUUAAAUUUGUCUUUUCAUAUUUGCUUGUUUUUUGGACGUGCUGGGAAAUUAUUUUUCUGAUCUAUGAACUGUUUGUUUCAGAGAAUGCUUGCUCUGUUAUUUCAUAUCGUCUACCUA